GGAGCCGUUGCCAUGGGGACGAGGAGGCGCGUUUGCUGCGCGUCCUCCAGGAAAGAAGGAAGAUCAGAGGCUUGGCUCCUUCUUCCCUUCGUUCUCCCAGAGAGUGUGGACAGGACGGGUGUUUGUAGGGUUUGAAAGAUUGCUGUAACCUUUUCUUAAUUUGCAAUUAUGAAUGUCAAUGACUUUGUCAUACUCCCUGGUUCAAAAACUGGAGUGUCUGUAAAACUGAAAGCAAAAAGCAUGCGAGAGCUGCAGUUGGAGAAGGUUCACCUGGAGCUUGAAAAUCAGGAAAUGGAAAAGAAACUGCAGCAACUGCAAUCAAACAUGAGCAGAGAAAAACAAGAGAGAGAACAAGCAAAUAAAUAUCAUUGGAAGUCAGGUCAGGCUGGUGUGAGUUUACAACCGCAGCUGUUGUCACAAAACAAAGAAAAUGUUGGAAAGGUUUCUUCAGGAAAAGUAAAAUUGAGAGUCCUCAAAGAACAAAUUCAAGUUCCAGAACCGGCUAAACAGACACCUGCACAUAAAUUGGUGAAUGUUUCAACAACUGAAAAGCCUAAAAUUAAGGGAAAGCCAUGUGGUCAAUGUGAAAUGAAGGCUGCACUAUUGGUGUGCUUGGAGUGUGGAGAAGACUACUGUCCUGCCUGCUUUGCCAGGGUACACCAGAAGGGGGCACUGAAGCUCCAUAGAACAACCUCUAUCAAGACAACGACACGUGUGCCAAUUGGGAAACUUGAAGCUGCACAGAACUUCCUGAAAACAACCGAUACUGAACAGUCCAAUGGCGGGAUAAAUAAUGAGCAAAAUAAAGAAACCAAGGAUAUGUUAGAAGAUACAUUACACCUUCCUUCACCUUUACAAAAAAUGCCAACAUGUAAUAUUGAGGAAGCUUCUAGAGUACCUUCUGAGAUUAGGUCUGACAGCCAGAGUGGUGGGUCUUUAUUUGAUGGUACUUAUGAUGAAGAAGAAUCAGCAAAGUCUUUUCAAGAAGCUCUAAAUCAGUGGAGAAAUAGAUGUUCUUCUCAGAAAUCUAAGGAAGAACGUUCUUGUCAAGUUGGUUCAGAAAAUUCAGGUACUUGUCAGGUGCAGACAAGUCCUCCACUUGUGAAAAAACCUAUUGAAAUUGAAUUCAAAGAAGAUAGUUUGAAAUAUAUGGAAAGAUUAUUGAUUAAGAAGCACAGAAGAACUCCAGUUGAUAAAUUACCAGAUAGCAUUAUAGCAGAUGAACUGAAACUUGAAAAAACAUUGCCAAAUGAAACUCCUGAUAGUUGGGUUGGAGAAGAUGAAGAAGACGAAGAUGAAAUAGCAAGUGUACAUUUUGCAGCUGAAGAAAUGAAGAAAUAUUGGACAGAUGUUUUUAUAAAAGAAGAGCCUCAGAUUGACCUUGUGAAUUCUGAGCCGUCUUUGAAAAUCAAAAUUCUUGAAGAUGCUUACCAAGAGGAGACAGAAGAGUCUACUAAUUUUGUAGUAAUGGAAGCUGGAUCUGAUGAGUUGAUUGAUAGCAGUGGUGCCAUGUCAAAAAGCCAUAAAACUGAACCAGACAUUUUUCUGGCACAAGCUAGCAAUAUUACCACAAGGUCACCUCUUUCUUCUUCAGUAAGAAGUGAAAAGUGUUUAACUUUUCUUCAUAAUAAAUGUGAAGAAACUUUAACAGCAAGAACACCUUUUUCUCAGUUUGAAAGAACUGAAGAUGCUUGCGGCUGUUCCAGUGCAGAAGAAAUGCUUCCCAGCACCCCUUUAAAAAGAGCUAUAACGAAAGAAAAGUGUGCCAAGAAAAAAAAGAGAAGCUCUUGCAUGUCAUCUGAGCAAACAUUUAGUCCUCUCAAAUUGGCUCCUGCUGAAUCUUUUGCUGCAGUGGAAUUGCCCAAGGACUGCAAGACACCCAUGGAGUUGAAUGAAGCUUCACCACUUGCUAUGAAGUCCUCAGUGUUCUUAAAGGUAGCCCAGAGGGAAAAGCCUAUUCAUCAUCCAUAUCAAGGACUUGAAGGAUUUUUUACUGUGGGUACAAGCUGCCAGCAGGUUAUGAUGGACUCAUUUCCUUCUCCAUAUAUAGGGAGGCAUUCUACAAGCAGCAACAUUUCAUUCUCAGGGAUGGAAAAGUGGAUGAAACACUUAAGCUUAAGUGAAUGUGCUGAUGAGUGUGUUGUGCAAGAUGUCUUGAAAAUUGAGCAGACCAGACCAUUAAGUAGAUGCGGAAUACAAAGCCCAAGCCCUGGAGCGUCUCUUUCAGUCUUAUCCAUGGGAAGUGCUUCUCCGAGACCCUUUUCUGCAAACAUUCCCAUUAAGUACACUUUUUGUGCUUCUUCAGUCCUUGAGGCAUGGCCCAAAAGCCCAGAUAGCUUGCCUUUAUCUCGAGCUGCUUCUGAAAUUUCUGAAAUUGAAGGCAUUGAUAUCAGUGAGCAUGAUGAUCCUUCUUGGGAGUACAGUAUCGAUCAAAAAGCCUUAGCAGAUUUAGCAGAUGAAUUGCAAAGUAACUCAGAUCCUUGGGAAAAACUGAAUGGCUUAACCUCUGAUGACUUCAACAGACAUUCAAAGAUGACAUAUCAAAACCUUCUUGAUUUCCAUAAUAAUCAUGAAAUAAAUAACUACAGCAAAGGUGAUGCUAUAAGAAUGUAUGAUGAAAGCCAUACAGAUGAUGAGGAAGACCAAAGGGACAAGCAGGAAGUGACAGAAUUACAUUGAGAAGAGAAAAUGAUUACAGAAAGAGGAAUCGUAAUCUGAUACAAUUUUGCAUUUCAGUCAUCAGGCCAAGGUGUUGGAUUAACUAAGUUUGAGAGAAAAUUAAUCUCAAGUAAUUGGAUAAAGUGCAUGUUGCUCCUGGAACAAAAUAGCAGCAGCAUCAACUACAACAAAAAGAGUGGAUUUUUCUAUUUCAUUAUUCUGAUGACCUCUUCUUGUAAAAAUCAGUUAACCCUGUAUAAGCUGGGUAAGGAAAGAAAGAAUGUUCAUCCAGAGAAGAUUAGCGGUUGUGAAGCUUUCCUGUUCCUUGAGAUAGCUGUCUGGAUUUUGACCUGUUAUUUGCAGCUGUAACUUGUCAAGUUAUUGGUGUAAUGCAGUAGAUAAGUGUGCCGAUAAGUAACAAGUGAACAUCUACAGUUGCAGUGCUUUCCAACCUCCAAGGACCUCAUCAAACUAGAGAAUAAUUCCACUUUAAAUCCGGUUGCUGCCUCCUGCAGAAUUCUGGGGUUUGUAGUUUACGGAGGAGCCUUUGAUUUGGAAACAAGCAAAGUAUUCCUUUUGAGGACUCAAUUCAGUUUUAAACCAGAUCCUUGAAACUUUCUUUAGAACUUGUGGAUGGGAUAAAGGAGAAGCAGUAUCUUUAUAAAACAAGUAGUGGUUAAGGACAUAAUACAGGACUAGUCAACCACUUCAGGCAUACAUAUUGUUCAUGAUAAUGGACAGUUGUUUCAUGAAAGACACAAUAUUUUUUCUUUCCUUAAUUUUUGAGAUGUAGCACUCAUACAUUAUAGAUCUUACAGUGAGGCCAGCCAGAUCUCUAGAUAUCUAGUGAUACAUCACUGUCACAUGUCUUAUUUUAAAUUACCCUUUAUUUAUUUUACAGAAAGAAACUGAAAUGAAAUAGAAACAUACGAAAAUAUAAUAAUACAUAAAAUAUCAGCAAUAAAAAGAACUGAACAGAAACUGAACAAAAAGAGAACUUAAAAAGCAUAGCUAAAUCAUCAAAUUUAACCAAAACUCAACUACCAAAAAACAUCAUUUUGAAAUAGUCGUAUUUUCACCAAACGAAAAAUGUCAGGUUAAAGACACUAAGCAUAUUUUUGGAGCAGGAUUUCACUAGCUAUUUAUCUUAUUAAUUGUAUUUUUACAACUGCGUAACAUCCUUUCUGAAAAUACAUGCUUUAAAGUAAAAUUGUACUGUAAAAGCAUAUCAAUAUAGCAUUACAUAUAAAAUAGUAUAAAGUAUUGUUUAAAACAGGAUAGUUUUAUUUUCUCUGAAUGUUACUGUAUUACUAUGGGUCCCCCUCUAGUAGCAAUGUCAGAGACCAUGGGCAGUUGUUGCAAAGAGAAUGUGCUUAGAUUAAACCUGUAGGUUUGAGGAAAUGCACAUACCUAACUCACAGACAUUUUCCCUCCUGCUAUAUUGAGCCACUUGACAUUUGCUGUAGAAAGUUACCUGUAACAUUUCCAGCAUUUUUUCUGCAAGAUUGCAUUGCAUUGAAAAUUCCUCAUUAGUACUGUCAUAUAGCUCCACAAGCAGGCAAUUCCUGCCCAAUAUACCCCUUAAAAACCUCUCAGAUUCAAAAGUCAUUGUUAUAAGGGCUGGGGAAACCAUUAAACCAUUGACUUGGUAUAUGUAUUCUGGUGCGUUCAUAUGGCCUUUUAAAACACAUUUUUGGAAAGUUCCUGGUGAAAUGCACUUUUUUCAUUGCAAUCCAUUUUCUGCCUCCCAUUAAUCAUAUUUAAAUUGCAGUUAUAUCCAACUGUGUAACUAACAGAUACCUUCUUGUUAGUCCAUUAGCCAGCUCUACUUCUGUGUCCUGAUUAUGCUCUAUAGAAAAGAGGUCAUGGUUGGCUAUAUGUGGUUGGAUGCUUUAUAAUAGGGAUGUACAUUUCUGGAGUGGUAAGAAGCCACUUUUGUCAUCCAGAGACCUCUCAAGGCUACAACUGCCCAUUUUUUUUAAAAAAAAGCCCUGACCUCCCCAUGCUGUUUUUUUUCUCCAGCAUGAAAGUGACCUGUAUCAAGCCACCAUCAGCCUGUGAAAGGCCUGAGAUAAUAGUUUUUUUUUUUAAAAAAAAAAUACCUUUUUUAAAUUGAUUUUUUUUAAAAUUAAGGGUAUGGAGAAAGGAUUACUGGGAAUUCCUGGUGGGCUAUGUUGUGACAAACUUUAAAAAUAGAUAAGUGAAGCCUUGUGUGUGUGUGUGUGUGU